AUGGCCAAAAUAGACAGCGAGUCCGACCCACUAUGGCAGGAUAUGGAUUGGGCGAUUGGUCAGAUGCUGAUCAUGGGAUGGGAUGGUACCGAAGUUACGCCUCAAAUCAAAAAUCUCAUUGAAGAGCACCAUCUUGGUUCCAUUUUGCUUACGGCUAAGAAUCUGAAAUCUGCCGAACAGACGACUACACUAGUCAGAGAGCUGCAGACUAUAGCUCACAACGCAGGGCACCCUCAGCCUCUUCUGAUUGCUCUUGAUCAAGAAAAUGGGGGCGUCAACAGUCUGUUCGAUGAAGACUUUAUCUGCCAAUUUCCAAGUGCCAUGGGCAUUGCUGCAACCGGCUCCCCGAAAUUGGCAUACGACACAGCAAAAGCCACAGCAACCGAGAUAUCAGCUGUUGGUGUCAAUGUUGUCCUCGGGCCUGUGCUUGAUGUUCUCACCAAUGCGCGGCAUCAGCCCCUUGGUGUCAGGGCUGUCGGCGAUGAUCCGCAAGAAGCAUCACAGUAUGGCGUUGCUGCACUGAACGGUUAUAAGGAUGCCGGUGUAGCAACCUGUGGUAAGCACUUCCCGUCGUACGGAAAUCUUGAGUUCCUUGGUUCUAGCUUGGAUAUGCCUAUCAUCACACAAACCCUGGAAGAACUUAGCUUGAGUGCUUUAGUCCCUUUCCGUAACGCCAUUGCAACGGGCCGCCUUGAUGCCAUGUUCAUUGGCGGCUGUGGCAUCGCUAACGCGGGGAUGAAUGUCAUGCAUGCCUGCCUGUCAGAACAAGUCGUGGAUGACUUGUUGAGAAACGAGCUUGGCUUUGACGGUGUUGCCAUAUCCGAAUGCCUCGAAAUGGAGUCCUUGAUCCAAGAAUAUGGUGUUAAGGGUGGUACUGUUAUGGCGGUGGAAGCAGGGAAUGAUCUCAUCCUCCUUUGUCGAGCACAUGAUGUACAGCUUGAGGCCAUCUCCGGCCUCAAACUAGGACUUGAGAAUGGUAUCAUCUCAAAAGAAAGGGUUCGGACAUCUUUGGGUCGUGUGCUACGGAUGAAGAGUGCAUGCACGUCAUGGCAGAAGGCACUCAACCCACCUGGUCUACCGUUUCUUUCUCAGAUUUACCCUACGCACCUGACUUUAUCCCGUGAAGCCUAUGACCGCUCGAUAACAAUCGUCAGAGAUAAGGAUGGCCUAAUACCGCUAUCCCGAAGCCUUCUUCGAGAGGAAGAAUUGCUUCUAUUGACACCGCUGGUGAAACCACUACCUGCUUCAAAGGCCACAAAAAGCAUGAUGGAGAAAGCUGCGAUCAAAAACGGCGCUGGCAACUUACACGACAGAUUCAUCCACCAGGAAAGAGGAGCCAUUAUGAGUGGUGAAGGUGUCUUUCGGGAGCUGGGAAAAUCACUAGCACGAGCACGCCACGGAAAGCUUCUGCAUACCUCGUACACCGCUAACGGGCUAAGGCCAGUACACGAGAACCUAAUUCACAGGGCAUCAGCGAUUGUAAUUGUCACGGCGGAUGCCAAUCGAAAUGGGUACCAAUCAGGCUUUACCAAACAUGUGGCUAUGAUGUGUCAACUACUGCGGUCAACAGGGCAGAAGAAAUCACUUAUAGUAGUCGCAGUCAGCUCUCCAUAUGACUUUGCUAUGGACAAGACUAUUGGCACUUACCUCUGUACUUUUGAUUUUACAGAGACUGCAAUGGCAUCACUCGUCCGUGCACUCUACGGAGAGUUUGUACCUCGGGGGUCCAUGCCCGGUACGAUGAGAAAGAGUAAAAAGGUUAUCAAGAACCGACAGCGAUGGCUUGUGGAGGGUUACGACGGUGAGCGCGAUGGCCAGGCGCUCGAUGAACUCAUUAAGAUCCUUGCGCGGGCGAGCACGCCAAGUUUACCAUAUUCUGCAUGCAGCGCUCAUGCUUUUGAGCUUUCUAGAGAGUUGAACCCAAGCGUUGAGCAGGCACAUUUCGUUGUACGUAACAGCAGUACACAAGCCCUCUACGGAUUCGUGGCUACGUAUUUCACCAAAGGGCUUGGAGCCAUUGGCGCCAUCUUUGUUGACCCGGCUAAACGGAACGUCUCCAUCGGCACAUCGCUACAUCGCCGGGCAAUGAGGGCUUUACUACAAAGAAAUGGGCUUAAGAAGAUACAACUAGGCGCUGCAUUCCCUUCCGUGUUCCCGGGGAUUCCAGUUGAAGAAAGUGGCAGCGCCAAGAGUUGGUUCGCAAACAUUGGCUGGGAUGUACAGUUCCCGCGACGUGUCUCGAACCUGGCAAUUACUGACCUGUCGUCCUGGUCUGCUCCCGAAGGACUCCCGCAGAACUUAACACGACAUCAGAUUGGAUUCGAUCUUGUCCCAGGACUUGAAAACGGGGAGACGGUGCUGAAUUUUGUUGCAACGCACGCCAGCCCAGACAUAGUGGAACUGUACAGUUUUGCCCUUCAAUCCCAUGACUGUGGCAUCAUUCGAGCAAAAAGCGGCAACGAAACCUUGCUGGGAACCGUCAUUGCAACGAAGCCAAAUAGCAAUAUAGCUGCGUAUUUCCCUCUGCUGAACACUGCUAGAGAGGGCACUUAUGGGGGCAUUGUUGCCCCAGUUGUCCCCACAACGGCACAGUCAGCACUACUUGUCCAAGGCUUGGUUCUCAUGGGCGUCCGACAGAACAAAGGCCAUCGAUCUGCGAAGAGUAUCGUCAGUUGGGUUCUUGACGAUGCACAAAGUGUACUCGCUGCUAUGGGUUUCGAAACACAGCAGGCAUUUGACGAAAUUACGAAUUCUCCCGAUCAUGUAAGUCACUGUGUUGUGCAGGUUUCCGUGAUCCAAUGGCUGACAGUUUCUUAG